GCGGCGGGAGCGAGGGGAGAGCGCGCGGUGGCUCGGUUCGUGCGCCCCGCGCCCCCCGCGUGGCCCCGCGUCCCGAGCGCGGUCCGGCCUCCCACGCGCGCCGCCCCGGGGUGCGCUGAGCCCGGCGAGCCUCGGGAAACCGGAGAAAGGGAGGACAGGGGGGGAAACCCCAUGGCCCGGCCCGUGUCCCGCACCCCGUGCGGUGGCCUCCUCCGGCACGGGGUUCCCGGGUCGCCUCGGGUCCCCGCGAUCCGGAUGGCGCACGCGGUGACUGGGGCCGGGCCGGGCUCGGGUGGCCGGAGGAGUCACCACUGACCGGGUCAUCUGGAGCCCGCGGCAGGCCGAGGCCCAGGAUGAGGCGCUGGAAGGCGGCGGCCCUUGUGUCGCUCGUCUGCAGCUCCCUGCUGUCUGUGUGGAUGUGCCAGGAGGGCCUGCUGCUCGGCCACCGCCUGGGAACCGCGCUCGCCCCGCUCCGACGGCCGCCGCGCACCCUGGACGCGCGCAUCGCCCGCCUGGCCCAGUACCGAGCUCUGCUGCAGGGCGCCCCGGACGCGGUGGAGCUUCGAGAACUCUCUCCCUGGGCCGCGCGAGCCCCGGGGCCUCGCCGUCGGGCGGGCUCGCGGCGUCGGCGCGCGCGCGCGCGCUCGGGCGCGCGGCCGUGCGGGCUGCGCGAGCUCGAGGUGCGCGUGAGCGAGCUGGGCCUGGGCUACACGUCGGACGAGACGGUGCUGUUCCGCUACUGCGCAGGCGCGUGCGAGGCGGCCGCGCGCAUCUACGACCUGGGCCUCCGGCGCCUGCGCCAGCGGAAGCGCGUGCGCCGGGAGCGGGUGCGCGCGCACCCGUGCUGCCGCCCGACGGCCUACGAGGACGAGGUCUCCUUCCUGGACGUGCAGAGCCGCUACCACACGCUGCAACAGCUGUCGGCGCGGGAGUGCCGGUGCGUGUGACCGCUACCUCACGCCCUGCCCCGUGCCCCUGCGACG